CACUGGUCACAAACGAUGUACGUAUGUCGUACGAAUUCUUCCAAUCUAUUUGAUUUAAAGAUCACAAGAUGUAGACCAUGCGGGACGAGGUGGCAAUAUAUCUACGCAACGGCAUGCAUAAGAUUGUCGUACGAAAACAUCGUGUAAUAUUUACACGAUAGCGUAUAUAAGUGUGGACAUCAAGAUCAAGAGAACGCAGAAAAGAGCAAUGAUAAAAGAAGGGAAGCGAUGGACUGUGAUUAAGUUCAAAUUUAUAAAAAGACAUGCUUGAACGGAAGAAAAAGACAAUAAUCAGAAGUCGAUAGCGCGGAACAGGCGAGAAAGGAGGCACUAGUCGCGUUACAUUUAUGAUUGCAACGUGCAGAACAGACAUAUAUAGUGUAUAUGGAACACAGGAAUAACCGUGAAAAAAAGAUUUAUCACUUUUCCUACCAGUUACUAUCUUGGAAGUAAGGGGGGGAUAUACAAAAGUGAUGUGUAAAGAGAAAUACGAAGCAGUUGAGAAACUUACGAAGUAGUGAAGGCAUGUGUUGAUUAUCGUCAUAAUUUUUAUUACCAAUAACAAUGUUGAUUAUAAUGUUUUUAUAUUUUCUAUGCAAUCCGAUUUUUUGCAAUACACAGGACGAAGACGAGCCAUGUAUCACUAAUAACAAUUUGCCAGGUAUUUGUAAACUUCUUCAACAAUGUCCUUCAGUUUAUGAAAAUUUAUUAAAAGGAUUAAGUUCACAUAAAAUAUGUGGAUAUCUUAAUUUUGAUCCUGUUGUAUGCUGUCCAAACAUAAAAAAAACAUCUACAACUAUAAUUAGAACUACAACAACUAAAAAAACAACUGCAAUUACAACUCUUCUACCAUUUACUGAAAAGAUGAAAACAAGAGAAAAAUGUGAAGAAUAUAGUAGAUACGUAUACACGACCGAAUAUCCACCAACUUUAAUAAACAAUAAGAAACCUGUAAAUAAAUCUUUGUGUUACAUUAAAGAUCGUACACUUAUCGUCGGUGGUACAAAAGCUGAAGCAAAAGAAUUUCCGCAUAUGGCUGCAAUUGGAUUUGACACAUUAGAUGGCAUUGUUUGGGCAUGCGGCGGCACAUUAAUUUCAGAAAGAUUCGUUUUAACCGCUGCACAUUGUACUUUUAGCAGAAACUUGAAUAGCACUGCAAAUUGGGUACGAUUAGGUGAUUUAAAUCUCGAGAGAUCGGAUGAUUAUGCAAAACCAGAAAAUUUUCGUGUUAUUGAGCGAAUAAGAAAUCCUCAUUAUAAACCACCAUCUCAAUAUCAUGAUAUCGCGCUUCUUAAAUUAGAAAGUGACGUGCAAUUCAAUGCGUGGAUAAGACCCAGUUGUUUACCGUAUUCUUUACCGGAUAGUGGCCUUGAUGGUAAGGCAACUGCAACAGGAUGGGGAGAUGUUGAAUGGCACGAAAGCGGUUCAAAUGAUUUAUUAAAAGUCACAAUUAGUUUGGUAUCUCAACCAAAAUGUAAUAAGUUAUUCAUCGGAAAUGAGAAAAACAAUAAACUCAAAUUCGGAAUCACAGAAGAUUCGCAAAUCUGCGCCGGUGAACUUGGAAAAGAUACUUGUCAGGGAGAUAGUGGUGGACCACUUGUCAUCUUAAAUCGAGAUUACGAUUGUAUGUAUACUUUAAUCGGUGUAACGAGUUUAGGGAAGCUUUGCGGUACCAUUAUUCCUGGUAUAUAUACUCGCGUUUACAAUUAUAUCUCAUGGAUAGAGAAUAUAGUUUGGCCAGAUUUGUAAUACAAAUGUAAAAUAAAUACAUUUUUAUAUUAAAUUGUA